GGAAGUGACGUCUGCUUCCUCUUUCCUUUCACGCUGCCUCCAGUAGCGUGGUGUGCUGCGGAUUCCCCUCUCUUGGGUACGAGACAUUUGAGAGCUUAUUACCGAUGCCUGGGAAACUCAAAACCGAAGCAAUGGACAGUGAAGUAGGCAAGAAGAAGAAAGUCUCUGAAACCACCAUAUCCAAGAAACAAAAGAGAAAGAUGCAGAAUGGGGAAACAGAAGGGCUUGAUUUGGAGCAAGAAGCUGAAUUGCUGGAAAAUGGCGAGAUUAAUAACAAUCAGACACCAAAACAGAAGAAGAAAAAGAAGCUUGUUGAAAAAGAAAGCCCUUCUGAAACCGCAGAAGUAUGUCAUACGGAGCAGGAAGAUCUUGAUGCUCUGACACCAAAGAAGGUUAAAAAGAAAAAGCAAAAAGAGGGCAAAGCAGAAUCUACAACACAGCCGGAAGCAAACACCCCUGAGUUGGAAAUAGAUGUCGAGACGAGUAACAAGAAACCUAAGGCUAAAAAGAAGAAAAUGGCUAACACUGACAAAGAUGAUGUUGCGGAGCCUGCUGAUAGUAAGGAGCCAUCAUCCAAGAAAAGGAAGACAGAAUUGGUUCCUACAACCCCUGAGUGCAACGGAAACGAGCCUGACCAAGAACCUAAAUCAGAUGAUGAGGAAACUAACCUGGAGAAGAUGCAAGGUGCAUUCUCUAACUUCCCCAUUGGCGAGGACACCAUUGCGAAUUUGAAAGCUAAAGGAGUCACAUACUUGUUCCCUAUUCAAGCCAAGACAUUCCACACUGUUUACAGUGGCAAAGAUGUGGUCGUCCAGGCCCGCACCGGUACCGGAAAAACAUUUUGUUUUGGAAUUCCAUUAGUUGAAAAGUUAAAGAGCAAGGAACCGCUGGUCAGAGGAAGAACACCUAAGGUAAUUAUCCUCACUCCCACCAGGGAGCUAGCCAUCCAGAUCACAAAUGAAAUCCACUGCAUCACUAAAAAGUUGAAGGUCUGCUGUUUCUACGGAGGAACACCUUAUCAACAACAAGUAUUUGCAAUUAAAGAUGGAAUUGAUAUCUUGGUUGGUACACCUGGGCGCGUACGAGAUCUUAUCCAGAACUAUCGACUGGACCUAACCGCUCUAAAGCAUGUGGUGCUAGACGAAGUCGACAUGAUGUUUGACAUGGGAUUUUCUGAACAAGUAGAGGAAAUAUUGUCCGCAAGAUACACAAAAGAUCCCGCCGAAAAUCCUCAGACCCUGCUCUUCUCAGCUACUUGUCCUGACUGGAUGUACAACGUAGCCAAAAAAUAUAUGCAAAAGGAAUAUGAAAAGAUUGACCUCAUUGGACACAGGAGUCAAAAGGCUGCCAUCACUGUUGAGCAUUUGGCUAUUGAAUGUACAAGAUCCCAAAAGGCGCACAUUCUAGGCGAUAUCAUUCAAGUCUACAGUGGAAACCAAGGGAAAACCAUUGUGUUUUGUGAUUCUAAGAUAGAGGCUCAGGAGUUGUCAACAAACUGCAGCUCAUUAAAGCAGAAUUCCAAACCUUUGCAUGGGGACCUCCAGCAGAAAGAACGCGAAGUUGUCUUGAAAGGCUUUAGACAGGGAUCCUUUCAGGUCCUUAUAGCUACCAACGUGGCUGCUCGAGGCUUGGACAUUCCAGAGGUUGAUUUAGUAAUCCUGUAUUCCGCACCAAAGGAAGCAGAUGCUUAUGUUCAUCGUUCAGGAAGAACUGGAAGGGCUGGCCGCACAGGAAUCUGUAUAUCCCUUUACGAACCCAGAGAAAACUAUUGUCUGCGCAAUGUGGAGAGGAGUACGGGAAUUAAAUUUAAACAUGUAGGCAUUCCUUCCUUACUAAAUGUUGCAAAGUCAUCAAGUGAAGAUGCAAUAAGAUCCUUGGAAUCUGUUCCAGCAGAUGUAAUUGAGCACUUUAAAGGAUAUGCCGAGGAGUUGAUUGAGAAGAAAGGAGCUCUGAAUGCUCUGGCGGCAGCACUGGCUCAUAUAUCAGGAGCAUCAUCUAUCACACAGCGGUCUCUUCUCAACAUGGAACCGGGCUUUAUAACGGUGAUAUUACAGAGCUCCGUAGCCAUUCAUACUGUGAGCUACGCCUGGAGAUGUAUUAAAGAACAAAUGGGAGAAGAAAUUGAUUCUAAAAUUCAUAGAAUGUGCAUGAUGAAAGAUUCUAUGGGCGUGUGUUUUGAUGUCCGAGCCGAUACCCUUAAAGAAAUGCAGGAAAAGUGGCAAGACUCCAGACGGUGGCAGUUUUCAGUUGCAACAGAACUGCCUGCAUUACAGCCGUCAAGGGCAGAUAUGAGCGGACCAAGAAAUAGAAGCUUCGGCGGUCGAGGAGGCAGGGGAGGAAGACAAAAUGACAGAAGAAACUCAUCUGGGAGAGGCAGAGACCGAGGCCGCGGAAGAAGUUCUGGUGGAGGAUUUAGAAGGGGUAGAUAAAGGAAAAGAAAAAAAAAGAAAAAACUCCACAAACAACUUUUCUAUAUUGACAUUUUCAGGAUCCCUGAGUUAUAUUGCAACCUCUGACUGUUAUUAAAGUAUUUCAUAUAUAUAUUUUUAUGCAGUUUCUGACACUUGGAUUGUACAUCACCACAGUGUUUGUAUGCUUCAAGCUGUGUACCAAGCCCUCAAUAAAAAAAAAAAACUAAAAAAA